AUGCCCUCAACUCCUCAAGACCCAAUAACAGCUGCCCCCACCACCAUGCCCCUCACUCCCAGAGACCCAAUAACUGUCCCCCCAACCACCUCGCCGCUCACUCCUCAGACCCCAAUAACCUGCCCCCCACCACCUGCCCUUUCCUCCUCAGACCCAAAUAACCUGCCGCCCACCACCUGCCCUCAACGUCCUCGAGACCUCAAUAAGCCUGCCCCACCACCUGCCCUCAUCUCGUCAGACCCCAAUAUACCUGCCCCACCACAUGCCCUCACUCCUCAGACGCCCAAUAAACCUGCCUCCAACCACCUGCCUCACUCUCAGACCCCAAUAACCUGCCCCCCCACCUACCCCAAUAACGCUGCCCCAACGCACCUUGCUGCUCACUCGUCAGACCCCAAUCAACCUGCCCCCACCUACCUGCCUUCACUCGUCAGACGGCCCAAUAACGCUGCCCCACCAGACCUGCCCUGCACUCAUCAGACCCCAAUAACCUCACCCUACCCACACUGCCGCUCACUGCGUCAGACCGCCAAUAACCUGCCCACCACUGCCCUCAACUCCUGCAGAACCCCAAUAAACCUUCCCCAGCCAUUGCCCUCACUCCUCAGACCCCAAUAA